AGGUGGACCCAUAAAGAGGCCCCCUGAGGAGUCCUGCUCACUCUCUGCCCUUCCUCUGCCAGCACACAGCGGACUUAGUAGCUCCUGAAACCAUGGGCCUGCGUGUCCUGUGUCUGGGCCUUGUCCUGCUUGGGGUCCUGCAGAGCCAGGCCCAGGACUCCACUCAGAACUUGAUCCCUGCCCCAUCUCUGGCCAAUGUCCCCCUGCAGCCAGGCUUCCGGGCUGAUCAGUUCCGGGGCAGGUGGUACGUUGUGGGCCUGGCAGGCAACGCGGUCCAGAAAGAAAAAGAAGGCCACUUCACCAUGUACAGCACCAUCUACGAACUGCAGGAGAACAACAGCUACAACGUCACCUCCAUCCUGGUCAGGGAGCAGGGCUGUCGCUCCUGGAUCAGAACAUUUGUUCCAAGCUCCAGGGCUGGCCAGUUCACCCUGGGAAAUAUUCAGAGAUAUCCUCAGGUACUGAGCUACAAUGUGCAAGUGGCCGCCACUGACUACAACCAGUUCGCCAUGGUAUUUUUCCGGAAGACUUUUGAAAACAAGCAAUACUUUAAAAUUACCCUGUACGGAAGAACCAAGGAGCUGUCCCCGGAAUUGAAGGAACGUUUCGUCAGCUUUGCCAAGUCUCUGGGCCUCAAGGAUGACAACAUCAUUUUCUCUGUCCCCACCGACCAAUGCAUCGACAACUGAACAGGCUGUGAUCGUUGUUGACUGGGUGCGCAGUGGUUUGGGUGCCCCUGUCUGUCUGCUGUGCGCCAUCUUUCCUGUUGCCAGAGCAUCGGAUGCCUCUUCUUAUUUGGUCAGCACUCCCCAUCCAGCUGUCUUAACAAUGCCACCAGUGGCGCCCCCUUUCUGCUGAAUAAACACAUGUUCCCACUUC